UAUCAACUCUGGUUACAAAACUAACAUAAAAAAACCGAUCAGUCCCACACCACCGGGAACAUUUUUUCCGGUGUAUUUCCGGUCAUAAAUCCUUGCUCAGUCUAUAGAUACAAAAUUCCAAGUUUCCUGUAUAUAUAUAUACGGGGAAAAGUUGGACAAAUUAAUUCGGGAAAGUGGGACGACACGGUCGAAUGAUGGGAUUUUGUAUAUGUCCGUUAGAGUCUCCAGCUAGAUUGCUGUGGAGUACUAGUUUCUUUCGUCAUAAGAUCAUGAUUUUCUAAAACAUUAUUUUUUGGUAGUAGCAUUUUGAUCUCCAGUUUCGAUCUGAUAUAUUAUUAAUAUAUACACAAUAUACAUAUACUAAUAAUAGUUACCAGUAGAAGCUUUUAUUCGAAAUGGAAUCUGGUCGUCUUGUUUUUGGUAGUAAUAGUAGCAACAUGCUUUUCCUAGGAAAUGGAGACAACUAUUUUCGAGGAACGACAAUGGGGUUCAACAUGGAAGAAACUUCGAAGAAGAGACCAUUUUUGAGCUCACUUGAUGACAUGUUGGAAGAAGAAUACUACGACGAACAAUUGACGGAAAAGAAAAGGCGUCUCAGCCCUGAACAGGUACACAUGUUGGAAAGGAGUUUUGAGGAAGAAAAUAAGCUGGAGCCCGAGCGUAAGACUGAGCUCGCUAAGAAGCUAGGAUUGCAGCCAAGACAGGUGGCGGUUUGGUUCCAAAACCGCCGCGCAAGGUGGAAGACCAAGACACUUGAAAGAGAUUACGAUCGCCUUAAGUCUUCUUAUGAUAUGCUUACUUCGGAUUUUGAAUCCAUCAUCAAGGAAAACGAAAAGCUCAAAGCUGAGGUUGUUUCCUUGACGGAGAAACUGCGGCCCAAGGAGGCGCCAGAGAUUUCUGCAACUGGCCAAGACUCUGGGACAGCUACAGAGGAAGGGGGAGAUGUUCCAGCUCCCCCAGAAAAAGUGAAAUUGGAGGACCAUUUUAGCACCGGCAGUGGUGGUAGCGCGGUGGUUGAUGAUCUUGAUGGCCCACAACUUGUGGACAGCGGUGAUUCGUAUUUUCCUGACUACGCUCAUGAGUAUGCAGCACCGGUGGAUCAGUCGGAAGAAGAUGAUGGCAGUGAUGAUGGGCAGAACCACUUCCAUUAUCAGUUUGCAACGACGAAUCAACACCACCAUGAAGAAGAUGACUCCCUAGGCUGGUGGGUUUGGUCUUAGAUAUAAAAAAUAUAUAAUGCAUAUAUAUAUUAUAUGUAAUGGUAUGUAUUUGUAGUUUCCGGUUUCCUAUUUUUGAAGUGCUUCUAUUUAAGUUGUCGAAUUCUACAAUUUGGAACUUGAAAUCAAGACCAAUAAGUAAAUUAAUAAUGAUGGCUUUGAUGUCAUUCAUACGCAUUGGGUUCAA